AUCUCUGGGAAAUAGACUGGUGAGCUCCUCGCGUUGUGUACGAGUGAAGUGUUGCACUCCUACUGUAGUCCAACAGUCAGAAGGCACACAAUGGAUAUACUGUAUGUGGGGGGUUGACCUUUAUUUUAUAUCCUACAGCCGUGAUCCCCAACCAGUGACUCGCGAGAAACAUGUUGCUCUCCGACCCCCUGGCUAUUGCUCCCAGUGGCCUCAAAGCAGAGUGAAACGUCUCUGCUCGGACAUGUUUGCACCCGGCGGGUCCGGUGGCUCGUCCAUGCCAAGAAGAAGGGGUCAUGGAGCACACACUCUCCCUAAGCAGCCUGAGAGGAGCCUCGCAUCAGCACUCCCUGGUGCACUCUCUAUCACAGCCCUCUGCACUGCACUAGCAGAACCUGCCUGGCUCCAUAUUCAUGGAGGAACAUGUAUGCGCCAAGAACUCGGUGUGGCAGACGUUCUAGGGACUGAAGACCCUAAACUUCUGAGUGAGUUCUGCAUGAACCGUCAGACCAUCCUUCUCCUCCGGGUUAUCGCCGGCUUCUGCUUUCUGGGCAUUGCUUGCAGCAUGACUGCAUUCCUUCUGGAUGUGUUUGGACCCAAGCACCCAGCACUGAAAAUUACAAGGCGCUAUGCGUUUGCCCACAUUCUCACAGUUUUGCAGUGUGCAACAGUGAUUGGAUUCUGCUACUGGGCCUCGGAGCUUAUUCUUGCCCUACAGCAGCAGCACAAGAAAUACCAUGGUUCCCAAGUUUAUGUUACUUUUGCAGUCAGUUUCUACCUGGUGGCAGGGGCUGGCGGAGCAUCAAUCUUGGCUACCGCUGCCAACCUUCUCCGCCAUUACCCUACAGAAGAAGAGGAACAGGCUUUGGAGUUGCUAUCAGAGAUGGAGACUGACUCCUACCCAGCAGAGUAUGAUGUCAUGAACCCGUUCCAGCCCCCGCCUGCGUAUACUCCAUAAAACCAGGAGGCGUUGGCAUCUGCCAUAGACUGCCUAAUUUUACUUCAGACAGCCUGCAUUUCCCAUUGCUUCCAUUGUGAGGAAGACAUUUGAGGCAUAUUUCCUUAACAGAAAGGUAGUCUCUCGCUCCUGCAGCCAGAUUUCAAUGGCGGACCUUCACGUCUUGCUUCCAUUGCCAUUUGUUGUCUGAUACCUCUUUUUUGGGGGAGGGGGGGUGGUUUAAGCAUUCACAAAACCCGGAGUUAUUUUGGUUACAAAACCAAUAACAUAUACUUUAUGUAAAUGGCAAAAUGUUGGACUGAACCACCAGACAGGGCCCGUAUGGCUGCAUCUGCUGUAAAUGGAUGAUUAUAAAAUAAUAUAUUCCAUAAUCACCAGGGGAAAUAUAUGGGUCAGUACAAGAACCGAACAACGUGGUGGUUAUUAACUGUUCUUUUUUUUUUUUUUUUUUUUUAUGGCUUUAGUCACUUUUUGAGUUUCAGACAUGCCCUGGUUUUUAGUACAGAGAAAAGUCUGUACCUACCUAGAGAGAGGUCACUGGAAAGAAAUUAGACACACAGAGUGACAUUUUUAUGACGGGUAACAGUGACUGAAUAUGUGUCAUUGUUUCCAAAUUCCCACAUCCACAGUACAGGGCUGUAUUUAUAUAUAAAUAUAUAUGUUUUGUGUAUAUAGUUAGUUUUCAUUGGGUGUUUUUUUCCCCUCUGAUUCACAAGAUAUGUGUAUUCCUUCGUGUCUCCUGGAAUCUAAGAUUCCCACGGCACACUAAUGGCACGCUACUGUUUCCGAUAUACUGCUUUGUAGGCAUUACCUGAGAACUUGGUACAGCAUUACUUGUAUUCCAUAAUAUUAUUUGUCAUUUACAGUACUAGUGAAUGAGUGGGCAGCCCAUAGAUGCUGUAAUUUUUUAAAAUAUCUCAGCCAGUGAAAACGCUGGCGUUUAGCCGUGUUAGACAUUGACUUGUUUUCAAACUUAGUUGCCGACCAUUUAUCAACAUUGGGCAAAUUUGCACCCAAGGCAACCAAUCACAUUUUUGAUUUUAGUAUUUUACCUCCAGCGGACUGAAAAAUAAAAAUAAUUUGAUUGGUUGCUGUGGGUUACUGCCCAGGUGCAAAUGUGCCCAGUGUUGAUAAAUGAGCCAUAAUGAAUUUUAUUUUAAUUCUUAACAUUUGGUAGUGGUUCACUGAAAUUAUUUUCUAUAUGCAAAAAUCUGGUCCUCUCCUAUACAGAAAUAUAUUUUAAUGUUAUUUGUUAGCUGAAGCUAUUGGCAUAGUGUGAUUAGAAGUUUAGCUAGCUAUAAAUUCUGCUGACAGAUCUAGUCGAUUUGGUUUCAGCUGAAAUCAGAAACAAUGAAGCGAAGCCAGAAAUAAAUGAAUAUAUAUUUUUUUCUAAAGCAACAACAAGUUCAUUAGAAUGACAAAAAGUUUGUGCUUGAAAUGCCUUGCUGCUUUUGAAAUUUUUUUAAAAUAAUUACAUUUUAUUUGCAUUUAUGUUUUAUGGCUUAUCAUUAGCACUAUGGGUAGGUAAACCCUUUUCACAGCAGCCACAGGUAUUUCAGCCCUUUUUUAUGCCAUGGGCAGGCCACAGCUUUGCCUCUUCAGCUGUAUACAAGAGUUAAAAUCACACCAUUCAUCAGCGGAAUUGGCUGGUGGAUUCUGAGAUUUGUAGUUCAGUCACAAAAGGUUGCUUAUUCCAGCCUAUAGUGAAAUUUAGGAUAAGUGUCUCAGCAGACGUCUCUAGCCACAGGUCAUUGUUUUUGCAGAGAUUACAACUUCCAAUCAAGCUUCAGCUUUACAAGAACAAAUUUACAGGCGUACUUGUUUAUUUUAAACACCACGUAUCUGGCAGCAAUUAUCCACUGAAUUUAGUUUGUGUGUUGAAGUAUGGGGAGUCAUACUGGUGGACUUUCAGUUGUUGUGAUUUCCUACUCUCCCUGAGCAUGAUGGGAGUGGGACUGGUAGUUACAACUCCUGGAUGCCCACAAUUUUGACAUCCCAGUUUUAAGGGAAUCACUUGUUUUGUUCUGUCUACCUGCCAUGUUUUAUCGUUUGUUCUAAUCAUGCUGCUUUGCAUUUUUCUUUCUUUUUUUUAAUAAAAAAGAAAAAAACUU